AUGAGUACUAAGAUUAAGAAAGGUGUUUCUAUGCGUGAACAUGUUUUGAGCAUGAUUAACGUGAUGCAUGAAGAAAAAAUACAUGGGGUCGUCAUUGAUGAGCGUACACAAGCAAGCAUCACACUUGAAUCACUCACUCCUGCUUUUUCUGCAUUCACGACCAUCUAUAUUAUGAAUAAGUUGGAAUUCAACAUGACCCAGCUGUUGAAUAAACUGCAAACAUUUGUGUCUCUUAACAAAACAAAAACCAAAGAGACUGAGGCAAAUGUGGCAAGGGAGAAACCUUCAACCUCUAAGGAUAAAACCAAGAAGAGGAAAAAGAACAAUGACAAGGACAAAAGUAAGGACAAGAAAUCCAACGAAGGUUGUGGUGGAAGACGAUAUAUACUUGAGUCAUCAAGGGAACUAGCUGAUGGUGAGGUGACAAUGCGAGUUGGAAGUGGAGCUCUCGUUUCAGCUAGAGCAAAGGGAUGA